AUGACACGAGUGGAUGGAGGAGGCUGUGGUGGUGGCCAGGUGAGCAUGGCAAACCCCGUGGGUGUUUGUUUGCGUGAUUUUUCGGAGAAGUGUGCACGCGUGUGCGAAGCCCGUCUAGCUCAGUCGGUAGAGCGCAAGACUCUUAAUCUUGUGGUCGUGGGUUCGAGCCCCACGCCCCACGGACCUCGUUUGAUGGACAGACAAGAUGAUCGAUCCGCCAUGACACGAGUGGAUGGAGGAGGCUGUGGUGGUGGCCAGGUGAGCAUGGCAAACCCCGUGGGUGUUUGUUUGCGUGAUUUUUCGGAGAAGUGUGCACGCGUGUGCGAAGCCUGUCUAGCUCAGUUGGUAGAGCGCAAGACUCUUAAUCUUGUGGUCGUGGGUUCGAGCCCCACGGUGGGCGACUACCAAUGA